AUGCAGACAGGGACCUCUGCUUCUCGUGACACUCCUCGCACUCCCUUCUUUGAGGGGUGUUCCCCCUCCCCCCUUACCCGCUCAGUCGCUGCUGUAGACUUCCUUCGUGCUGAGGAGGUCGGGGCUGCGUCUGCUCCUAGUGGGAGGCGCCGCAGCGGCAAGGGCAAGGGAGGCAAGGGUGGUGGGGGUGGCGGCGGCAGUGGAGGCAGUGGUAGUGGGGGUGGAGGCGGUGGAAGCGGUGGAGGUGGUGGUGGAGGUAGUGGGAGUGGUGGUGGGGGUAGUGGCGGCAGUGGCGGCGGUGGUGGUAGCGGUGGGAGUAGUGGAGGCAGUGGUGGCAGCAGUGGGAGUGAUGACGGCGGUAGUGGUGGCGGCCGGGGUGGAGCGGGCCAGAGGGGAGGUUCUGGCGGGGGCCAGCAGCAGCAGCAGCGUCCGCGCGAGACCCUUACGCCCCAGCAGCUUCGUGAGUGGUUUGCUCAGCGUGGGACGUCCGGGGGUAGUGUUCGCUGUCCGUACGUCAUUUGCACAGGUCUUAGGACUGGUCAGACGUGCGGGAAGGUUGGACACACACAGUACCGCCGCUUCCUCCGUCUUGAGGACGCCUGGCGCACUGAGUUUGGCGACAAGGCUGCGCUCCCCCGCUCGCUAGACCUGCUUAGGAACGGGGUGGAUGUAUUUGCUCUUGACUAUGAUGCGAUCCUUGCUGGCAUGUAUGCUUUGACUGUUAGUGCUGAGGGUGACUGUUACCUGUGUGUGCCGCCUGACCCAGGUAUAGAGGCUAUUGCUUUAAGUGCUAGUAAGUCUGCUCUCUAUGGUACUGCGCCUGCUGAGGCCUUGCACACCUUCACGCUUGACUCAGGUGCUUCCCGCUGUUUCUUUUGCAACAAUACCACAAUCACACCACUCCCUGCACCUGUUGCAGUCUCACUGGCCGACCCCUCAGGGGGCCCGGUUUUUGCACGUUCCUCCAAUGUUCUCCCCUAUCCGGAGGUUCUGUCCGGUUCACUCUCAGGUCUUCACCUCCCGUCGUUCUCUACGAACUUGGACCUGCCUGUCCUGCGUCUGCACUCUGACAGAGGUGGUGAGUUCUCCUCCCACCUCCUGCGGGACUUUUGUCGUGGGGAGGAAAUCCUCCAGUCGUUCACGCUUCCGGCCUCCCCACAGCAAAAUGGGAUUGCUGAGCGCCGCAUUGGCUUAGUCAUGGAGGUGGCUCGUACCUCCAUGAUCCAUGCGGCUGCUCCCCAUUUUCUGUGGCCGUUUGCGGUCCGCUACGCUGCGCAUCAGCUCAACCUCUGGCCCCGCGUCUCCUUGCCGGAGACCUCGCCUACACUGCGUUGGACGGGGGAGGUUGGCGAUGCGUCGGUGUUCCGGGUCUGGGGUUCUCGUGCCUUUGUCCACGAUACCACCGCGGACAAGCUCUCCUCUCGCGCCAUUCCCUGCGUCUUCCUUGGCUUUCCCACUGACGCGCCUGGUUGGCAGUUUUACCACCCCACCUCACGCGCAGUGUUUUGUCCUCUUAGGACGUCACGUGCGGUUCCCUUUUACCGUCUCUUCCCCUACCGCACUGCCCCUCUCCCCCCCCCCCGCCGCUCUUCCUCGCUCCAGGUCCCCCUCUGGACCCCUCCCCCCUCAGGGUCCUGCUCCCUCAGGUGUGUCCCAGCUGAGGAGGGUGGCGUUGCUGCUAAUGACACGGCGGCUGCUCGCCGCUCUCCACGCUUGGAGACCCCUCCGGGUUUUCCACCUCGACCGUCUUCGCCGCCUCUGCAGUGGGUUGCAGUCGACUCUGGUGAUCCUGGGGGUGGUGAGCCUGCGGGUGUAGAGCCUGAGGGUGCUGAGUCUGGGGGUAAUGAGCCUGAGGGUGUGGGUUCUGGGGGUCCUGAGCCUGAGGGUGCGGAGCCUGGGGGUGCUGAGCCUGGGGGUGUUGCGUCUGGGAGUAAUCCGUCUGCUAGAGGUUCUGCGGGUGCCUCGCCGUGCUGGAGGCACUGGAAGCUGGAGACACUGGAGCUGGAGGCGCUGGCACUGGAGGCGCUGGAGCUGGAGGCGCUGGCGCUGAAGGCGUUGGCACUGGAGGCACUGGAGCUGGAGGCACUAGUGUUAGAGGCGCUGGCUGGAGGUACUGGAGCUGGAGGCACUGGAGCUAGAGGCGCUGGAGCUGGAGGCACUGGAGCUGGAGACACUGAGGCUUGCGGUACUGGUAUUGGAGGCACUGCGCAGCAGCGACCGUUUUUCUUGCCGCCGCCGCAGCUGUCCCCGCUACCACCCGACUUUGCACUUCGUCAGGUCCUUAGACUUCCGUCCUCUACUGCCCCUCCUCCUCCCUUUCUGUGCCCACCGCCUGACCCGUCGCAAACGCAGCUACAGCCAGACUCCCCACAGCAAGCUCCGUCUCCUUACACUUCGCAGCCAGCCUCUCUCACAGAGCGUCGAGAGCCUGCAUCUCGUCGUGCCUCACCUGCUCGCACUGUUCGUCGUGUUCCUCGUCCUUGUCAUCGUCCUCUCCCUGGUACGCAUGUUAUGGCACUUCGUUCUUCCUCUGUUCCACUGCGUGUCCCCUUGCCAUCUCCUCCACCGCCUUCUCUGCCUGACAUUCCUGACCUUGAGUCUGACCGUGUUCGUACUGCUAGUCCCAUUGUCACGCGUCUCCUGGCCACUGUUGUCACUGACCCGUCGUUUGAGUCUACUGCUGCGCCUGACUUAGUUGCUGAGCUUGUGGACUCUGCUGCUGCAUGUCGUCUAGACUACGCUGCUAGUCUUGUUGCUGAGUCUGAGUCUGACUGUCCUCCAUCCGUCGCGGGUGAGUGUGCUCUUGGCACGGACGUCCUUGAGGACAGGCAGGAGGAGCUCGACUGUCUUGCGGCUGCUGUACCUCAUCUCGUGGCCAUGCUGCUUGCCCCUGAGGGAGACCCGGAUGCACUGGACAUCCCAACCCCGCGCUCUUACGCAGAGGCGAUUACGGGUCCCUACUCCUCUCAGUGGCAGACGGCCAUGGACGCAGAGAUGGCAUCCUGGAAGUCCACAGGCACCUACGUCGACGAAGUUCCCCCUCCUGGGGUGAACAUAGUCGAUGGCAUGUGGAUUUUCAGGGUGAAGCGGCCGUCAGGUUCUCCGCCUGUCUUCAAGGCUCGUUACGUUGCUCAAGGCUUCAGUCAGCGGCAGGGAGUUGACUUCUUCCAGACCUUCUCCCCUACCCCGAAGAUGACCACUCUUCGGGUGUUGCUGCACGUUGCUGCUCAGCGUGACUACGAGCUUCACUCUCUUGACUUCAGCACAGCUUUCUUACAGGGCAGCCUGCACGAGGAGAUCUGGCUGCGUCAUCCUUGUGGCUUCACUGGGUCGUUUCCUGAGGGUACCCAGUGGAGCCUCCGACGGCCAGUCUACAGUCUCCGCCAGGCGCCUCGUGAGUGGCACGACACAGUGAGGACGACACUUGCAGCUCUUGGGUUUGCUCCUUCGACUGCUGACCCAUCGCUGUUUCUGCGCACCGACACUUCGCUGCCGCCGUUCUACAUCCUCGUGUACGUCGACGACUUGGUCUUUGCUACUGCUGACACUGAGGCACUCGCCCUUGUGAAGUCGGAGCUGCAGAAGAGACACACUUGCACUGACCUGGUUUCUUGGCGGUCCACCCGCUCGUCUUCUGUUCUCAGCUCCAGUUGUGAGGCUGAGAUCUACGCUGGAGCCAUGGCUGCACAGGAGUUGCGUUGGUUGACCUACCUGCUGAUUGACUUGGGCGAGCGGCCUCGUUCUCCUCCAGUGCUCUACGUCGACAACAAGGAAAUGAUUGCCUUGUGUUAG